GACACUGAAUGUCUGACACUUAAUCAGCUCUAAUUGUCACUGAGACUUAUUCAUGCAGAGUUACUCUAAAACCCAGUGGAGCUGGUCCGGUCUUACCGUGGAGCAGAAGAAUCAAGGGGUGUUUUAAUGACUGCUGACGUCAGCUGGACUGUAGAAAAUCAUUAUUUUCUCACUGUCAGACAUAAAAGAUGAAAAUAUGUCAGAUGGAGUUCAUUGGAUCCUUGACAUGUUUCAGGGGAAAAAGAGAAAAAACUCCUCAUGCUUGUGAUGUAAAGGUUUGCAUGCGAUUGCUCAGCUGACUCAUGCAGCCUUUUUCAGAGAAAAGCUGUCAGCCAGGCGUUUUUGAAUAUUUUUUUCCCCCCUGCAUGUGACUUUUUCAGGCAGACUCUGCACAUGUCUGCUUUCCAGUGAGACAGAGAGAGUGGGAGAGGGAGAGAGAGAGGGAGAGAGAGUGAGGGAAAAGGAAGGAAGGAAGGAAGGAGGGAGGGAGACUAUCUAUAACGGGGCGACAGAGGAGAGCAUGGAAGAAGAAUGGUCACACGUUCAGGGAAAAGGACGUUGGCGGCGUGUGUGAGAGCGACAUGCAGCCACUGCUGUGGAUCUGCUGCGGGUGUUAGAGUGAGACCUCUGCUCUGUUACUGAUGCUCACCAACCCACUGCAAAACUGCUGAUUGCGACGGCGCACACACAGGCACACGGGCACGUGUACACACACACACGGAUGCACUCACUGCCUCAGCCUUCAAUGCCAGCCUGUGAUAUGACGUGGGAAGGGAAGAGUCAUUUUGGGACAAAAGGGGUGCAACCUGGAAGUCUAGGUAUGAGGCCUCACUUCAGCAGCCCACAGUCCACUCCAUGUACAUUGUGAACCGUUUUCGACUGCUGGAGGAGAGGAACCGUUCUUUGAAGCUUGAAUUGGCCACGCUUCGACAAGAAAAACAGCAAAAUAGGAGACUGAAAGCAAAGCUCCACGCUGCUCUGCAGGAGAAAAACCGCUUGAAGCUUGAGCUGAUCGACCUUCACCUGAAGUCAUCUAAAUAUGAUCAGGUGCGGUCAGAUUAUGAACAGCUGAGACAGACCUGUGCUGCAGUGAGCCGAGAGAGAGACGUGGCCCAGCAGCAGAGGAGCCGACUGCAGGGCAGAGUAGAGAAUCUGGAGCAGGUUCUUAAGCAUAUGCAUGAGACUGUCGGGCUGAAGCAGCAGCUACAGACGGAGCAUGAACGAGCCUUGGUGGCCCUUCAUUCCAAGCAGAAGGAGAUCAAUCAGCUGCAAACGGCUCAGGCACAACUUGAUCAAGAGCAUGAGGAAACAGUGCAUUUGUUAGAGGUCAAGGUUCGUGACCUGGAGCAGAGAUGCAGGUCACAGAGUGAACACUUCCAGCAGCUGUCCAAUGAGCUGCGGAAUUUUCCCUUGCACUCACAGUUAGUGGACAUCCAAAAGAUUAAUACAUUUUCCACAGUCCCAAUCCCUUUUUUACUGGAGAAGAAUUUACCGGAGGUCAUCGAAUUUGAUUCUCAUCUAGAUACAGGCGAUGAGAACGUGGCAAAUGCACCGACACUGAUCUGCGGGCACGCCUUCCACUCAACUGAAGCUGGAGAUAAACAACGAUCAGAAUUGCUGUCUGUCAAACCAGGAACCGUGACGACGGCGCAUCCCGGCAGCCCCCUGAAGCCCACCCUAUCAGAGAUGGAGGAUGAGGCCAACCAGUCACCCAGGUCCAAGCCACGCUAUACAGGCCAGGUCCGCCUCUGCACUGCCCGCUACAGUUAUAAUCCUUACGAUGGACCAAAUGAGCACCCUGAAGCAGAGCUCCCCCUUGUGGCCGGAAAGUAUCUGUAUGUUUAUGGCAACAUGGACGAUGACGGCUUCUAUGAAGGAGAGCUGCUGGAUGGCCAGCGUGGACUUGUUCCAUCCAACUUUGUAGAAUUUGUACAGGACAAAGAAAAACCACCUGGGGAAGGUGGGGAAAACCUGGGCCCACUGGAUCAUAUGUCUUUGGCGUUGGUGCCAGUAGAUGGCGGUGCCUCCCAGGACGGCCUCUUAGGCUCAUCUAAUGCAUUGGUGCCCUGUAGCAAUGGCACAGGGGGGCCUAUUGACCCUGAGGACCUGGCUGAAGAUGUUGUGCCUUAUCCCCGAAAGAUCACCUUGAUUAAGCAGCUGGCACGGAGCGUCAUUGUGGCCUGGGAUCCUCCACUAGUGCCUUUUGGCUGGGGUACCAUCUCUGGAUACAACGUUCUAGUAGACGGUGAACUUCGUGCCACUAUCCAGUAUGGUGGCCGGACCAAGUGUUUGUUGGAGAAGCUGGACUUGGAUGGCUGUGUCCAUCGCGUAUCUGUACAAUGUGCAACAGACCGGGGCUUAUCAGAUGAGCUGCGGUGCACCUUGCUGGUGGGAGCCAACGUGGUUGUAGCGCCAUGUGGUAUGCGAGUGGAUGACAUCCAGCGUGACACUGCCGAGCUCUCCUGGUUGCCCAGCAACAGCAAUUAUGGCCACACUGUGUUCCUAGAUGGGGUGGAGCAUGCAGUGGUAAAGCCAGGCAGAUACAGACUACGCUUCCACAACCUGAAACCCCUGACGGUGUACAAAGUGACGGUGGUGGCACAGCCGCACCAAGUGCCCUGGCAACUGCCACUGGAGCAGAGAGAGAGGAAAGAAGCUGGUGUGGAGUUCUGCACCCAGUCUGCAGGUCCAACACCAUAUUGCAGAACAGGUCCUCCUAUGCCUCCACAGGAUGUGCGGGUACUGUGUGGGCAGGCACCGGGGGUCCUACAAGUCUGCUGGAAGCCUCCAGCCCUGUCGCCCACAGGCACCUCGAACGGGGCAAAUGUCAUUGGUUAUGCAGUAUGCACUAAAGGACAGAGGAUAGCAGAGGUGUUGUACCCCAUGGCAGACUAUGUCACAGUGGACGUGACGAGGAUUCAGUGCCUGGAGGCCAGAGAGGUCAUUGUCAGGACGCUGUCAGUACAGGGAGAAUCCCACGACUCCCAAGUCGCUGUCAUUCCAAACAACCUGUUGGUGCCUCUACCUCCGAUUCCCCUGCCGCCACCAAUGCACCCCCACACAGGUCCACCACCCCCACCGCACCCCCACGUUCAACCUCACCUUCCGUCGCCUCACCUUCCACAUGCUCCCCUUCCCCUUCCUGCGCCACCCCAGGCUCAUGGACAACCACUCCCACCGCACCCUCCACACCCUCAACCCCAUCUCAGACUUCCUCACCCGGGCGGACCUCCGCAAUCCCAGCUCCGGCCACCACACCCUCAGCCCCAACCAUUACACCUUCAGCCACGCCCACCCCAACAAGGUCCUAGGCCUCAGCACCAACUGCCUCUGCUGCCUCACCCUCAACCCCACCCUGUACCUCAGAGACCAGUAAGUGCCAGAGACCUGGAUGCCAAAGAGCACGCAGCCCACCACGGAGGAGCUGUUCCACCUGGCCAGCCUGGUUGGGAUCCCAAACGGUCGCCCUCCUCCCAGCCUACCAUGCCCAUGCACGGCCACAGCCUUGAGGCUCCUCCCCUCGACAAUCUGCGCUCGCCCUCUCCGCAGAGGAUCCUUCCACAGCCCAGAGGGACACUGAUCCCAGACACAAUGGCCAAGGCCAUUGCCCGGGAAGCAGCGCAGAGGGUCGCGGCAGAAAGUGGCAAGGGGGACAGGCGGCCGGGGCGUUAUGGAGAGCAGGGUCAUUCAUUUUACCAACAUCACUCUGAUGAGGAAGAGGAAGAUGAGGAGGGGUUUGCUCGUGGCCGACGGAGAGGCCCCUCAGUGGACGAGUUCCUCAGAGGAUCUGAGCUGGGGAGGCCGCCUAACUAUAGUCACAAUGAAGACUAUCACAGCGAAAGCAGCCGGGGCUCUGACCUGUCUGACAUCAUGGAGGAGGAUGAGGAGGAGCUGUACUCUGAGAUGCAGCUGGAAGAGGGACGUCGACGCAACUCGCACAACACAGCCAAGACGAACACUUCUGGGGGAGGAAGUCAUGAUCGAGAAAAGGGGAGAAGAAUCAAUCACGGUGGUCCUCAGCCUCAGAGACGACCCCUCAUGGUCCCCUCUAUUGAUGGAUACAGGGAUCGGGAUCGACGCUCUCCCACGUAUUAUGACGAGUCCGAACCCGAGGAGUCCUUCAGGAUUUUUGUGGCCCUCUUUGACUACGAUCCUCUGUCCAUGUCUCCCAAUCCUGAUGCAGCUGAUGAGGAGCUGCCAUUUAAAGAGGGACAGAUCAUUAGGAUAUAUGGAGAUAAAGAUACAGACGGGUUUUACAGAGGAGAGGUGAGGGGUAGGAUGGGUCUAAUCCCCUGCAACAUGGUGUCAGAAAUUCGGGCGGAGGACGAGGAGACCAUGGACCAGCUCAUCAAACAGGGUUUCCUGCCUCUCAGCACACCUGUGGACAGAAUAGAGCAUAACAAACGAGGCCGUGGUCGAGACCAGCACUCGAGGAGGAUGGUGGCUCUGUACGACUACGAUCCCAGAGAGAGCUCCCCCAAUGUUGAUGUUGAGGCGGAGCUGACCUUCUGUGCAGGAGACAUCAUGGCUGUAUUUGGAGACAUUGAUGAAGAUGGCUUCUAUUAUGGUGAGAUCAAUGGCCACCGUGGUCUGGUUCCCUCUAACUUCCUGGAAGAAGUGCCUGAUGACGUAGAGGUGUAUCUGACUGACACUCCGUGCCACUACCCCCCGGAGGAGCCUGGCAACCGCCCCCCUGCCAACUCUGCCAACGCCACCGUUCCAGAGGGCAAACGGGUCACCACUGACACCUCUGACCUGGUCGACCACAGUGCCACGCCCGUGCGAGCCCCAUCACCCAUUGUGCGUCCUCUCCUGCCAGGCACCAUGAGACCCCUCAGUCCUACGAGGGUCCCCCACCUGCCGCUGGAUCCCCGGGACCCCCAAGAUCUGGCAAACAAAAAGAAGAAAGGACUUCUUUCCAAAGGGAAGAAACUCCUCAAAAGACUGUCCCCCGUUAAAUAACCAACACAAAUAUCACAAAAGAAAAGUCCGAUGUACGUCCAUGACAGACCCUGUAAAUUGCAUCCAUACAAUCAACUCUGAUCCAAUGCCACUGGUCACAGUGGACAAACCUCUGGCUGCUGGACUGACUUGAGCCCGUUGAAGUGAAGACUUCAAUAAUUCAUGUUCUACUGGAAGAAAUACAGUUGAUGUACAGUGGAGUGCCAAAAUCAAGGAACGGCUCACUGCAGUCACACUCAAAAAUGAUAUAAUUAUAUAUGUAUAUACAGUAUAUACAUAUAUAUAUAUUACUGUGAUGUAAUUUAAUUUGAGAUUACUUUAAAAAAAGAAAGAAAAAAACUAGGAUUUUCAUGACAAUGUACUUUAUUCUCCCUUUUCUUCAUCAUUGCUCGAAGAUACUCUAUAUUCAUUCAGGGUAACUGUGAAAACAGUGCAUUUACGUUGAAGUAAAAAUGAUUUAUUUUAGCAGUAUUGUCACCAGAUGGUUACAAACACAUAUAUGUGGGCCACGGUACAGUAUGAAUUGGCCAAAAUUUGUGCAGUGCACAUACAGUACAGUAUGUCUGGAAUUACACUGUUCUUGAGGCAUUCUCUGAAGAAAUGCUGGCUGCUAACACACACACACACACACACACACCCUCACACAUACACAAAAGAGCUUUAUACAGUGCAAUAUCAGAGAAAGGUGGUACACUAGCACAAGUGGGAAAAGUCUUUUCUGUUCUGUGAUUCGACUGAUAGAACGUUUCUGUGAUUAAAACAAGAGGAGACAGUCGACGGGGCAUUAAUGUAAGAUAACAUCAGACGAGCUCAGCUGUCUCAGUGGCCUUUAUCAAAACAAUAUGUGCGUGGCAUUCCGUGUCUGACUUAGUGAAUAUUGUUUUACCAUCUCUUGUGCGUCGUCACUUUUGAUGAAUUAUAAAAAAAAUUUAAAAACCCCGGCCAUCUGUCAUCACUGUCAAACUGUCAUGAAACGCCUAGUUCCCGAGGAUAUUUCGGUGUCUCUUCUUCUUAUUGCACAAAAGUGGGUCUGUCUAACGAGUGGUUUCCGUGUAUGUGUGUGUGUAUGGGUGUUCAUGUUCAUGUUCAAGCACCUGUCCUGUUCACUGAUGUUUAUUUCUAAAAGGAGAGGACAUGUCGGUCCUGCUCCUGUGAGUGUCGUGACGUGCUGCUACCUCCAUUGUCUCUGCACAGGUUUAUGUUGAUAAUCUGGAGGGCUAACCUUUAAAGCCUCGCAGACAUUUGCCUCACUUCCUGGUUCUUUAAAGUCACCUUAUAAGGUAUUUGUGGAGAAAUAUUAUAUAAUCGCACAUGAAAACAGUUAUAGUGAUGUUCUUAAGUGUAUUGGUUCAACACCGGGGCAACUCAUUCUAACCGACGGUUCUCAAACUCUGUUAUGCGUAUCGGUGAUACUAGGGCUCCCUCAAAUGGUACGCAGGGGAAAGAAAUAUAUGUAGCACAAAAAUACUUGACUUUUUAAAAAAGUGGCAUAUUCAAUGACAAGAGUCAGUACGUGUGUGUACAUGUAUAUACAUAUAUAUCCGACACUGAUUCAUUCAUUCGUCAUUGAAUAUGCCGAUUUUUUAAAAAGUCAAAGAGUUUUUUUGGGCUACAAUACAAAUAUCAAAGCAGCAAGUAUUGCAAUAUUACUAUGUUUCCUGUUUUGAGAAUACUCAUCUGUAGCACUUCAUCAUAGCAGCAUAUUCUCAUAUAUCAGUGUAGGCAUAUAAAUGUGUUAGUGACAACGCUGGAUCACACAAUCAAGACAAAAAUGUCAUUUUAUUAGGCUUGAGCUCUUUUUUUGUUACCCAUAAUUCUCAAUCAUUGAAAAGGUAAAAGUCACUUCUUGACAUUUACGUAUUGAUGUAGGCCAUAAAAGGUUCUUUAAAAGCAGCUCGGAAAUUAUUUUAAUUUUUAAGACAUAACCAAAUAUUAAGUUAGUAAAAUGGAAGUGUAAAAAAGUAAUUUGUUCUAAAGUACUACUUCACAACUACAGCUUCAAAAGCUACAAAAGAGGCUUUGUACAACUUUAUUUUCAUAGAAUCUGCUCUACUUUCCCCCAGAACAUUUAUUUUUUAUGUCGUGUAUUAUAACAUGUAAAUACAGGAUUAUUGAGUUCAGUUGAAAUUCAAAAACAAAACACAGAACAAAAUGACUGGUCAUCAGUGCAACAUAGAAUUAGUAAUGACCAUUUACCAAGGUGAAAAGUCACAGCCGUGUUCACUUAAAAUAGCUUUUUUGUUUAAAAAUAAUUUUCCUGCUCAGCGGCUGUUGAAACUUAUGCAGUGAUGCACUGAAAUCAAUGACCUAAAUGUGACAGAACUGUAUAAAAUAAUUCAUAUUCUAUUAUUUAAACUGAAGAAAAUCAUUGAGAAUACAUGGCGUGUCAGUUUUCUCCAUUGGUGAUCAGGUUUGAUGAAUAAUCAAUAUUAAUAUAUUAAUUUCAAAGCAACACAGUGACCAAACCCCCCAUCAUUCACAGUGUCUUUGAUCACAGUGGCUUUUUGUACUUGUUUGUACUUUCACUCACAACAGCCUUUUUUUGGUGCACUUUUCCUCUCCUUGUGUAAGACUGAACUGGUUAUCUCUCAGUCCACAUCGUAUGUGCUUGCUUUGUGAAUCAACGUUUAAAAAAAAAAAAGGAGCUAGAAAAAGUGAAAUCAUUGAACAGUAUUUAUGGUGAUUACUUGUGUGUGGGUGUGCAUGUGGCAAAAAUAGCCAACAAGUUUUAUAACCAAAUUAAAUUUGAUAUUUUUCAGGAACUCAUGUCUCUGCUUAUUUGUGUGAUUUAUGAAAAAAAAAGUGAUUCACCUUCAAGGACUUUGCUGAUCAAAAAAUUCAACAUCCAGUG